AUGGCUGGUAAUAUAACUGAAGCAAUCACUCAACCAAUCAACGAUCAAUUGCAUAGAGCAGCAGAUAAAGUCACCAAUGGCGGUAGUAGUAGUGGUGGUGCUGUUCCGUCAGCACCAAAGAAAAAGGGUGGAAUUGUUGAAUUCACUCCUGAAUAUUACGCUGCUUGUACAUUGGGUGGUAUUAUUGCUUGUGGUCCAACUCAUUCAGCUGUGACUCCUUUGGAUCUAGUUAAAUGCCGUCGUCAAGUGGACGGUCAUUUGUAUAAAUCAAAUGUCCAAGGAUGGAAAACUAUUCUCAAAACUAAAGGUGAUUCGAUUUUCACUGGUGUUGGGGCUACUUUUAUUGGUUAUUCUUUCCAAGGUGCUGGUAAAUAUGGAUUUUAUGAAUUUUUCAAAAAGACAUAUAGUGAUUUAGUUGGUCCUAAAUGGGCCAAUGAUUACAAGACUGGUGUUUACUUAGCUGCUUCUGCAUCAGCUGAAUUCUUGGCUGAUAUCGCCUUGUGCCCAUUUGAAACUAUUAAAGUCAAGACUCAAACUACUAUCCCGCCAUAUGCAACUUCAGUAUGGGAUGGAUGGAAUAAAAUUGUUAAACUGGAAGGAUUUGGUGGAUUGUACAAGGGUAUUGCUCCAUUAUGGUGUAGACAGAUCCCAUAUACAAUGGUUAAAUUUGCUAGUUUUGAAAAUAUUGUUAAUGGUAUUUACAAUUAUUUGGGACAUCCAAAAUCUCACUACAAUAAUUUACAACAAACUGGGGUAUCAUUUGCUGGUGGUUAUUUAGCUGGUAUUUUGUGUGCAAUUGUUUCUCAUCCUGCUGAUGUUAUGGUUUCCAAGAUUAACUCUGAUAAAAAGCCGGGUGAAACUACUGGACAAGCAUUGGGAAGAAUUUAUAAAAAGAUUGGAUUUGCUGGGUUGUGGAACGGAUUACCAGUAAGAAUCUUUAUGAUUGGUACAUUGACUGGAUUCCAAUGGUUGAUUUAUGAUUCAUUUAAAGUGUAUGUUGGAUUACCAACGACUGGUGGUCAUUAG